AUGGAGCCAACAGUGCUUGUGAUGCUUUUUGCCGGGCUCACAAUCUUGAGCAGCUGGCUCUCUGUGCCGUUGACAUCUCUUAAUCCACAAAGACCAAUGGCAGAGCGACUUGCAGCGUCAUUCCAGCUCACUGCUGCCGCACAAGGUGUAUCAACGCUUUGCUGUCGCUUCAAUCAGCCUGAGUUCGACUUUUUGAGCGUGUUAAAUCAGACGCUGCCGUUUACUACCCCUGAGCAUAGGGGGUCUCAUGCUCCUAGCGUGGCAGAAACGCAGGCUGAAGAGUCAACGCCCACAGCUAUGGUGUCGAGCUUGUUAAUUCCAACGCCCACCGCCCCUUUUGGAGGUGCCUGUCACAUUAUGUACGAUGGCGUCUUCGAUAACGAUUCGGAGUAUCCUGAGUGGUUUCUUGGAAAAUUGAGAUUGCUAGUCGAAGAGAACAUGCGGCGGCACCCUAAUAUUUACACGGUAGCCACUGUCUGGUUCUUCCUACAAGUUAUUGUGAUAAAAUGCUUUUCUCGUCGGCUUGGCAAGCUUACAUAUGACUUUCUCGAGUUGCAACGUCAGCAUCUAAAAAAAUCUGGUGUUACGUCGGCCCUAGAACCAGUUCGAGAAAGAUUGGUCGAGCUGGAGAGUCGCGUCAUUGCAACGAACGACAAGCUAAGCUCUCUCGAAGGACGACUCAAUGACCUAAUGGCAAACAUCAGCGAGUCUUCGCCCCAAUUUCCUAAACAGAUGGAGAAUAACACAGACGAAAUUAAAACCCGGGUAGAUCAGCUUGUCACUCAGUUGGAGCAGCUCCAAAAUCAGGUUUUCAACCUUACCAAUGUUUCUGAGACGUCACAACAUGCGACUGAGAUCGAAACCCGCAAAAGGUUUCCGCAGCCAUUUGAAGAUCGGAUCCCAGAAUUGAAAUUAUCAACUGAGCACUUUGAGGAACGUUUGGAAACCAAUGUUUCGGAACUUGAGAGGCGACUUGAACAUUUGAAUAAUAGCAUAAAUGGUGAUAUCUCUAAAUUGUCUUCUCGGGUUCAGGACCUGCAAACCAACUUUAAUAGGUGGAAGGAAUCCAUGGUGUCGACCACACACUAUGCGAGUUUAGAAACCGACUUCCGAAUGCUCAAACAAACAGUGGACGCAAAUAAGUGGGCCUUACCAUUGGAUGAAGUCAAGGACAAUAUCGGGUGCUUGAACCAGGAGUUCCUCGAAUUCAAGGAGAGUUCGUUUGGCUUAAAAUCAAAACAGGAUAGAUUAGCCAGCGACAUCAACAUUAUUAGUCAAUAUAUUACUCAAUUACAAGCCACCCAACCGUGGAAACAGGCCGACGCCGCGGCUGAUUCGCAUUCAGCAAUAGUUGCUGAUAUCAAAAACGCAAAACAAAAAAUCGAAACACUUUCGAACACCAUUCGAUGUACGGAGGAUACUAUCGAUCUCAAGUUGAAAGAAUCCUCCAAGGAAAUGGAGCGUAUGUGGCGGGUUGAGCUUGAUAAUCUGCGUAAACAGAGUGCCGCCCUUGAAACGGUCCACAUACUAUCCACUCGGGUGGAUGAAUUGGGAACUCGGGCUGAAAGUUGCAACUCCGAGAUGCUAAAGGUCAAGGAGAUAGCAAAAGAAGCAGAGAAUUCAGCGAUAGGCACCGAAUUAACUGUCAGACACAUUGAAAGCAAACUUCUAAAAACUGCAAACGACAUUGAGGGCUGCCGCCGCACACUAGUAUUUGUCGACAGAAAUUUGGUCAAAGUUGCUGAUGAAACGGGAGUUACGCUUAUUAACGAGUUUGACCCUCCCUCCAAAGCCGAAGUCAAGGUAGAAGAACCUCAAAUUCCCCAUCCUGGGCCGAAGGAGGCGAAGCUUUUGGCAUUGCAAGAUUCUCCUGCCUCUAAGGACUCUGACGCACAGCGACAGCAGUUCGAUAAAAAAGACGAGACCCCAUCGACUGGUUCUGCUCUGUCAGAAUCUAACAAAUCCCUGAAAGAGGCAGAGUUAAUCGUCAACCCACCCGAGGCCCCAACCCCGGCGUCCGACGAUUCAAAGCAACCCGGGCUCGAGGCCAGUAAAUGGGCCCCUGCCAAACCAAAAGAAUCUGAGAAGGGCCAUUUUCAGGUUAGUGAAUCGGCGACCAUGACGCGAGAUACACAGCCUGAGGAAUCGGAAGCCAAAACAUCUAUUACUACCGACCCCAAGGACCUCGAAAAAUGCGGACUUGGGGCUAGUAAAUGGGCAACUGCAGCACUUGACCCACGGCCUGUGGGCUUAGAGGCGAGUCAAUGGGCUACUUCAGAUCCCCCCAGCUCCGCCGGUAAAAGCCAGAAAAAGGGCAACUCCUCAAAAAAAGGCAAAAAGAAGUAA